AUGAAUCGACAAACAUCAUCAACAGAAAAUUCAUCAUCAUCGGGCGGAGGACUCUUUUCAAGUAUCAAGAGUAUGGUGAGUGAUUUGACUUCAAGCUCUCCACAGCCAUCUCAACAACAACCGACCUCUCAAGUUAAACGUCCUUCUUCUUCUUCUUCUUCGGGUACUUCCUCUUCCAAUAAUUUAUUCCCAAGUCUUUCCGUGCUUCAAAGUAAUUUACCACAAGAAAUUCAACGAGUAAAGUCCGUGUUGCAAGGCUCAAAUGUGAGUCUUUCUCAAAUGGAACAGGGAGAACGAGCUCUUGAUGAUUUGAUUAGUGUCUUGUCGAGUCAAUUAGCUGAGUUGUGUGAGUUGAGAAAGGAAAACUCUCAAAAACUGAUUCAUCGACUCAAACAAACGAAUGUUUCAUCAAACACUCAUACCACGUCAUCAUCAACAACAACGAAUCAAUAUGUACCACCCUCUGUUUCACAACAACAAUCACCACAAACUGCAUCAAAAGUGCCAAACAACACGCAACCACCCACAUCAAAGGCUCCACAAAAUACCAACAAGAGCACAACAACACCACAAUCACCACAACAAGGAUUCGGAGCAUUGGCAAGUAGAGGACAAAAGCCAACCAAUUCAACAUCGACCACUAAAUCUCAGCCAUCUUCUACAAAUAAUGCACCAGGAAAAGUUGAUUCAAUUGACUCAAUUUUGGUUUGGCAAGAGAACGAGGUGCCUGUCCAACCAUUGGUCAUGGGAUCCGGAACCCCUCCUCCGACCAAUACGGGCCGAAACACUCCUCCUACUGCACAAUUAUUGGAUCCAUUGGAAAUGACUUUUGACAGUACCACCUUGUCACAACCAUCAGUUCAAGCACCUUCUACUCCAUUAUCGGAUUCAACAAAUUAUCAUGCUCCUCCAGGAUUAGAUUCACUUCUUCAACCACCAUCUGUUUCCGAUAUUUUAGGUGGUGAUUCUCUUCAAGAUAAUUCAAAGAAACAACCAUCAGAAAAUGAUUUCAACUUGGAUCAAAUUUUAGGAACUUCCAAGAAACAGGAACCAGUUGGCGAGAUGUUGGACUUUUCCAAUGAGGGGCAAAAGAUUUUCCAAUCCAAUCAAAUUCUUUCAAUGUUUGACAAACAGGAAUCACAAGAUCAUGUUGUCGGAGCAACUAUUGAUGUAGAAGUUCAGGAUGACACUGGUAAAUCAAACCCUUCCGAUGAUUUUGAUUUUUAA